AUGGCCUUACGUGGAGCACUAAUUGUGUACUCAUUCUUCACGAUCUUCCUCUCCAUUAUUCCAUCCUAUAAUUGUUUGCAAGAGGACCCACUUCAUAAUUAUCUUGAAGAAGAAGCAUCAGGCUAUGAUUCUCGAGUUUACCCUUCGCACUAUAGCACGAUUAGUCAGGAUGGCGAGUUGAAGAACUUAGUCAAGCUGAGAAGUGAUUUUUUAAUUAGUUCGCAAGCGUUUAGCAAAGUGGGUGGCAAAUCAACUUCAGUUAGAACUAUUAAUGUAAAGGAUUUUGGAGCUAAAGCUGAUGGAGGAGAUGACACAGAGACAAUUGAAAAGGCUUGGAAGGAAGCUUGUUCUUCCUCUGAAGGAGCUGUUGUUGUUGUGCCCCACUAUACAUAUCGUCUUAAGCCGAUUACAUUCCAGGGUCCUUGCAUAUCUAAUAUCAAAUUACAGGUAAACGGAGUCAUUGAAGCAUCUGAUGAUCUAUCGGACUACAAAGAAGAUGGUAGACAUUGGCUUGUCUUUGAUAGUGUUCAGAAUCUGCAAGUUGAAGGUGGUGGAACUAUUGAUGGAAAUGGGAAGAUAUGGUGGCAAAACUCAUGCAAAGUCGAUAAAACCCUUCCUUGCAAAGAUGCGCCUACGGCAAUAACCUUCUAUGAAUGCCAGAAUUUGGUUGUGAAGAACCUCAAAAUCCAAAAUGCACAACAAAUGCAUGUUUCUUUUGAGAAAAGCAAUGGUGUUCAAGUCUCCAACCUCACAGUAACCUCACCGGAGGGAAGCCCUAACACUGAUGGAAUCCAUGUCACAGGCACCCAAAACAUCCAGAUUACUGAUUCAGUUAUAGGAACAGGUGAUGAUUGUAUCUCCAUUGUAAGUGGAUCCCAAAAUGUUCAAGCCUCGGACAUAACUUGUGGACCAGGUCAUGGAAUCAGCAUUGGAAGCUUGGGAGUUCAUAAUUCAGAAGACUACGUUUCAGGAGUUACUGUCAAUGGUGCCAAGUUUUCUGGUACCACAAAUGGUGUUAGGAUCAAAACAUGGCAGGGAGGGUCUGGAAGUGCACGCAACAUCAAGUUUCUGAAUAUUGAAAUGAACAAUGUCACCAACCCCAUUAUAAUAGAUCAAAACUACUGUGACCAAGAUGAAGCAUGCGAAGAACAGAGGUCAGCAGUCCAAGUGAAAAAUGUGGUGUACGAGAACAUAAAGGGGACUAGUGCUUCUGAGGUGGCUAUCAAAUUUGAUUGCAGCAAGACUUAUCCAUGCGGAGGGAUUCUGAUGCACGAUGUUAAUCUUGAAAGAGAAGGAGCGAUAAAAGCCAUAGCUUCGUGCAACAAUGUCAAAUUAGCUGAAUUGGGUGUUGUUUCUCCCAAAUGUCCAUGA